AUUCAACGAGUGCGCAAUCGUGUGAUUUCAUCCAAAUAAUACUUUAAAAAAAACAGCCUCGCAUCGCACCAUUUCCAUCUCCUUCAUAUUUUUUCUUCCUAAAAACCAGAACAAUCCAACUUGUUCACUUCUAUCAACUUUACACAAUUUGAAAAAAAUGGUUUGUUUGGCAUGUUUGUUGCCUCUUUUUCUGAUCCCAGUUGUUAAUGCUCUUCCUCUUCUGUAUCAUAUUCUCAUGGCAAGAGUGUAUCGAUUAUUAGGCUGGGAAUAUAGGAAACCUGAGAGGGUUCCUCCAGCAUGCCCUUUCAAGCCAGGAAUGUCCAACAACACUAAUAAAUCUGGGGUGAAUGUAGAAUCCGAAUCUUCAACGACAGAUCCGAAUCCAAAGCCAGUUGAGUUGCACAGCCAGAAGACUGAUUAAACUUCAGUUUCUUUAGUGGCAGACAUCCAUCUGCAAGUUCUAUUUUCACUGUGAUUGUAUGCAAGCUUACUUGAUUGUUGGUUCGAAAGGAAAUUAAAAGUAUAAACGAAUGUAGUAGUAUUGUGGUUACUGUACGUCUUGUGUCAGUCAAUUUCAGCAUGAACUUUAUGCUUCCUUACA